UCUAACAAUAUUUCUUUUAAAUAUUCUUAUAGCAACUCCUUGGUCAGUCAUUAAAUGAGGGAACAUUAUAUCCAGGGCCACUUCCUGAACUUCCGCUGCCAACUGUAGAUAGCAAUGUCACCAAAGUGCUUCUCUGUAAUACUGUUACUCCAAGAACAAUAUCUGAUGUGAAUCCAGUUCUUGUUGGUGUUUGUAUGUCUCAGGAGGAUACUGAAAAUGAGAAAUGGUUUGAGUUAGAGAAACAACUUGUAUUGAGUACUUGCAACGGAGGCAGUUUACCGCUGAAUUUCCGACCAAGCUUACAUUGCUUUACAGAUUCUACAGAUAAUAAAUUUAACCCAAUUGGUUUUGUUGGAGAAAAAGUUAGUGUUGAAGUGCAUCUUGUGAAUCCUCUUAAGAUUACUUUAUUAUUAACUGAUGUAGUUUUGUUGUGGACAUUUUUGCCUCAUCUACCUGAUAAUCAAGAGAAAUCACCACUUAUAACCAAUGAAGUUUCUUCUGUAAAAAAUAAAUUGGCUGAUGAAAUUAUUCAUACAGAAGUUUUAAAAGAAGUUACAUUAACAGGAAAUAUGGAAUUACCGGUGCAACUAUCAUUAACACCACAACAGACAGGAGAACUACGAAUUGUGGGUAUUGCUUAUAAUCUAGGUACUAAUUCUCUUCAAUCAUCAAACAGUACCAACAGUUUGAUAUUAAAUGAUGGGAAUUUAACUGGAACAACAGUGACAACAUCAAGUAAAGUUUAUGGACCAGAUCGCAGGCUCGAUCUGGUAAUAAAGCAACAAAUGCCAAUCCUUAAGGUUGAAUUAGAUAAAAUUCCAGAAACCCUUUUGUGUGGAGAAGUCCAAAGUAUCACUCUGAAGUUCUGUAAUGAUGGAACAAUUCCAUUGAAAAAUCUCAAAGUAGCAUCCAAUACACCUAGUUUCUUGGCUCUUGGCACUGAUGUGGAUCUUGUUGAUUCUGUACCAUUUUCUAGUAUAUAUCAAACACAAGGGGAAGAUAUUUGUGGAGAAAUACCUGGCAAUGAGCCAAAAGAGGUUGCAAUGAAUGGCAUUAUAGUAAUUGAUAUACCCAUUCCAAAUGGAAUAUUAAAACCAAAUUUUACAAUGACUGUUCCUAUGUGGAUACGGGGUAACGAUGUUGCUGGGGUGCAUACUAUCAACUUUCUCUUCUAUUAUGAGCCUGUUGAACAAGAUACUAAAAUAAAAUACAGAGUAUUACGUUAUUCAGCUGUGAUAAAUACAGUGGAAUCAUUGAAUGUGCAAGCAACAAUUCAAAGGAGUAGAGCAUGUGUACAAAAAUGUUCAGAGGAUAAAGAUGAGUGCUUCAUAACUUGUGAACUUGAAAAUUUGAAUUCUGGCCAAACAAAAGCACCUCACUUAAAAACAAUCCAAAUAAAGCAGAUGUCAUGUGCUAGUAGAAAUUGGUCUAUUAACUACCUCAGUACUCCAAAGAAUACAGAAUUACUCAUUCAUAAUCGUGAAACAUUGCAAAUGUGUUUGAAAGCUAUAGGAAAAAGAGCAACCUGUUGUGAAGGUGAAUCAGAAAAGUCUCGUAAGGUGUAUUUUAGCAAUACCCAUUUUAAUGAAACAAAAAUUAAAAGUUCCAAGACACCUUGCUCGGAUUUUUAUUACAAAUGCACACAGAACUGUGAUCAGCAGUCAACUUUAAUAUCCAGUUAUUCACCUAAUACUAAUAAUAAGCAUUCCAAAUUCAGUGACCUUGAUACUGCCAUUGAAGUGAAUUUAACAUUAAUUAUCUUAUGGCAGGCUUUAGUGGUACAAGAUUCAGGUGAGACAGUUACACUGGUUGGACAACAUCAUGUAACCUUUACAAAGCUUAACAAGUCUGCAACAUCUUAUCCUGUAACUAAACAGCAGCCUGAUGUGGGUCCUUUGAAAUUCAUAAAAGACAUUGAAAAUAUUCCUGUACCUAAACCUAGCCUUGAAGUUAGCACACAUUUGGUUCACUACAAUUUCUCACAUGAAUCUAAUAUUAAACACCAAUUUAAGAAAAAAUGUCUAUGUCUGCUGCCAGUAAGAAUGAUUUUAUGCAACUGUUCAAGAGUUCCAGUACAUGUUCUCAUUGAUACAGGAAAAUCACCAGAAAGGCUGAGCAGUAGUGGUGACCAGGUUUUUAUCUCAGCAGAAACUACUACUUCAUCUGGAAUAGGGACACCUGCACCAUGUGUUGGAUUACCAUCAUAUUUAUCUUUGUACCAGCAAAGUCAGAGCAAUGCUUUUGUAUGGUGUGGUCAUUCGCUGAUUGAUUUACAUAUAGGACCCCAGCACUCACAAACUGUUACCCUUACUGCAUGCUUUUCCAAGCCUGGAGUCUAUAAUAUUAAUCAGCUCUCAGUAUUUGUCACCUACACAACUGAUUCCUCAGAGAUGAUCCUGCAGAAACAGAGUGCUCCCAGUCUUGUUGUUAUAAGUGAUAUUUCUUCAUGAUGAUCCACAUUUUUCAUAAUGGAGAAGAAGACUAAAAAAUUUUUUUCUUUUCCAGUUCAUAAAUUUAGCAACUUAAUUUUUUUCCCCCCUGAAUGACGGUACUUAGCCUAACUAACCUUGGUGAUUACUUUGACACCAAAAUGACACUAUUUCUGAUUUUCCAAAAGUGCUAAUAUGAACAGUCUCCAUUAAUUGAAAUCAAAGACACACAUACAGAAGCUCACACAAACUUACACACACAAAGUAGCACUUCAAAAUAUUGGUUUGUUGUGUGCACAUGAAUGGAAACUUAAGAUGACUGAUUGAUGAGAGAUUUUAUUAGAUGAAUGGAUUGUUUCAAGGGACCUGAUUACUAUAUAAAAAGCAGAAAAGAAAAUGGCAACUUUGUAAUUGUGAAAUAUUUUGAUUGUAUUUACUAUUCUGGUAAAGGAGCUUAUUAAAGUUUUACUUUGCCUUUUCACUGACCUUUAAGUAUAUUUCAUUAUUUAUAAUUUUUUUUUAAUUGACCUUCAAAUCUUUGUUGCAUUAGAUUUCUAUUUAUUUUUUCCUCAAAUUUAGCUUGUACUUGCAGAUUUUGGGGGUUUCAGAAGAAUUAAUUGAGCAACAAAUCUGGUGUGUAUAAAAUCUGGUUUCAAUUCCAAAAUGAUAAGAUUGUAAAACAUAAUUUUUUUUUUCUAAAUAAAGUAUUCAUAUUGUUAAUUCUCCCAUUAUCUAUGGAGAUAUAUACAAACAAUUUCUUAAAAUAUAAAAAAA